UCGGGCGGGUGCGCUGGGCACGCGGGGCCGGGGCCGGGCCGGGGCCAGGGCCGGGGCCGGGCGGGAGCGCCCGGCGGGCGCCAUGGAGGGGCUUCGGCGGGGCCUGUCGCGCUGGAAGCGCUACCACAUCAAAGUGCACCUGGCGGACGAGGCGCUGCUGCUGCCGCUCACCGUGCGGCCGCGCGACACGCUCAGCGACCUGCGCGCCCAGCUGGUGGGCCAGGGCGUGAGCUCCUGGAAGCGCACCUUCUACUACAACGCGCGGCCGCUGGACGACCACCAGACGGUGCGCGACGUGCGCCUGCAGGACGGCUCGGUGCUGCUGCUCGUCAGCGACCCCAGCAGACUGUAAACUUCAUGAGGGCAUUGUUGUUCAUCCUAUUCACUGUUGUGUUCACAGUUCAGUGCCUGCACAUAGUAGGUGCUCAAUAAAUAUUUGUGGAAGGUAUUGUCUGGGGGUGAGGAAAGGGCUGCUCAGAACAUUUUCCUGGAGCCCUAGCAGUUCCUAGAUGUGGAGGAGAAGGUCUCUGACGUGGGGGUAAGUCCUGGCAGGUGUGGGAAGAUGCAUCAGCCAGAGACUGAGCAGAUAGGUGAGCCUUUGAGAGCCGAGGUGAGGACUGUGUUUGGCCACAAUCUGUGUCUUUCUGUCGCC